CUUCGCUCCAACGUCACUUGCUAGCUUAGCGACUUGCAGUCGUCGGGAGGUCCAUAGCUGUUGGUACUUAUAAAGCUGGGCUAGCAAGCUAGCCCUCUUUCCCCCUCUCCCUAUUAACAACAUAUUUUUUUUACAGGAGACAACAUACAAACCAUACAUUCCACAUUACGACAUCAACUGUACAAUGAAGACGCGGGUAAACCUAGUUUUUGGACUUGUGUUCAGUUUGAUUUCUAUCCGUUCCUGUUCUGGAUUCUACCUUCCGGGUUUGGCUCCAGUUAGUUUUUGCGAAGAGGGCAAGACAACAGAGGACUGUCAGACGUCAAUUCAGCUUUUCGUGAAUCGCUUGGACUCGGUGGAAUCAGUAUUGCCAUACGAAUAUGAUGUGUUUGAUUUCUGCAAAGAUGUUAAGGAGAAAAGACCAUCUGAAAACCUUGGCCAGGUCUUAUUUGGAGAAAGAAUUGAGACUUCCCCUUACAAGUUUACAUUUAAGAAAGACGAGACCUGUGUCAAGGUGUGUACAAAAUCAUAUGAUGUCAAGAACAAAGAUGACAAGAAAAACCUUGAUUUUCUCAAAAGCGGCAUGCAACUGAAUUACCAGCACCAUUGGAUUGUGGACAACAUGCCAGUGACAUGGUGUUAUGACGUGGAGGACAAUCAGAAGUACUGUAAUCCAGGCUUCCCCAUUGGCUGUUUAGUAAGUCCUGAUGGACGACCUAAGGAUGCUUGUGUCAUCAAUGCGGAGUUCAACAAGAAGAAUACUUUCUAUUUCUUCAACCAUGUUGACAUCACCAUGACUUACCACAGUGGAGAGAAUGAAGGCUGGACAGGCGCCCGAUUGGUGGCUGCUACAUUGGAGCCCAAGAGUUACAAACAUGACGAUGAAAACAAGGUGUCCUGUGAGGGCGCACCCAUGGAGGUUCCAGGAGAUUUCACCAGCAAUAUCAAAUUGACCUACACAUAUUCCAUCAAGUUUGUGAACAACAAUAACAUUAAGUGGGCAUCCAGAUGGGACUAUAUUCUGGUGUCUAUGCCACACACCAACAUCCAGUGGUUCAGCAUCAUGAACUCCCUUGUUAUCGUGCUCUUCCUGUCUGGCAUGGUGGCGAUGAUCAUGCUGCGGACGCUUCACAAGGACAUUGCCAGGUACAACCAGGUGGAUCAGGAGGACGCUCAGGAGGAGUCUGGGUGGAAGCAGGUGCACGGGGACGUCUUCAGGCCCCCCAGGAAGGGCAUGCUGCUCUCCGUGUUCCUUGGCCAAGGCACUCAGAUUUUCAUCAUGACCUUCAUUACCCUUUUCUUGGCCUGCCUAGGAUUCCUGUCUCCAGCCAAUCGGGGCGCUCUGAUGACGUGUGCCGUGGUGCUGUGGGUGCUGCUGGGAACGCCAGCGGGCUACGUAUCGUCUCGCUUCUAUAAGACGUUUGGUGGUGAGAAAUGGAAAACCAACGUCCUCCUGACGGCACUUUUGUGUCCUGGCAUUGUGUUUGCUGAUUUCUUCUUGAUGAACCUCAUCUUGUGGGUGGAGGGGUCCUCGGCUGCCAUCCCCUUCGGCACCCUGGUGGCCAUCUUGGCCUUGUGGUUUGGCAUCUCUGUGCCCCUCACAUUCAUGGGCGCAUACUUCGGCUUCAAAAAACCUGUAAUGGAGCAGCCAGUGAGAACGAAUCAGAUUCCCAGACAGAUCCCUGAGCAGUCGUUCUUCACCAAACCCAUCCCUGGGAUCAUUAUGGGUGGCAUCCUGCCUUUCGGCUGCAUCUUCAUUCAGCUCUUCUUCAUUCUCAACAGUAUCUGGUCUCAUCAGAUGUACUACAUGUUUGGCUUCCUGUUCCUGGUCUUCAUCAUCCUCCUCAUCACCUGCUCUGAAGCCACCAUCCUGCUCUGCUACUUCCAUCUCUGUGCUGAGGAUUACCACUGGUGGUGGCGCUCGUUCCUGACCAGUGGCUUCACGGCGGCGUACCUGUUCGUCUACGCUGUGCACUACUUCUUCUCCAAACUACAGAUCGUGGGCGCUGCCAGCACUAUACUCUACUUGGGUUACACCAUGAUCAUGGUUCUCAUAUUCUUCCUUUUCACAGGCACCAUUGGGUUCUUCGCCUGCUUCUGGUUUGUAAAUAAGAUCUACAGUGUGGUGAAAGUGGACUAAAAGGUGUGGACCCUGCGAGAAUCUUCACCACAGCCACCCAACCCACCCCAUCAAGACAAGACUAAGGCGAUGCAUGUGACUCGCAGCUCUCUAUGAAGGUACCUGUCGAAUUUGAGGGCUGAAACUUUGAUUGAAACCAUCUGACGGCUUAAGGGAACAUCAGCACAGAACAAGGACCGGACAAACCCCCCUGUUUGUGUGUUUUAAUGCUCUGAAGAGCGUCUUCUCUGUAUGCUUCUGCGGUCCACUCUGUUUACUGCCUGCGUUGAUUUUGACUUGCGAAUGACCCCUGAUUGAGUUUCUGUGUAAACUCCCAAAGUCAUGUCUUUGGCUGCUGGUCUGAAGAAAAUGCUCCUUUGUUCAACAUGGUACCAAGGAUUCUUUUCAUUUUCCUCAUUUAAUAAUGUAUGAAAAUGCAUCUGAUCUUGGUUUUUAUAUAUUUUGAAACCUUAUUGUCUUUUUUUUAUAACUAUUUUAGCACCUUUUUUUUCUGCUGUAUGUGAGAGAUUUUGAACGUGAAAAUACAAAGAAUGUUAUAUUUUCUUUGGAAACUGUCCUGUAAAGCAGAUCUUGAUUUCUAUGUGGUGUUGAUUUUCUCUUUCUUUUUAAAACUCAAAAUCAGUUGUUGGAGGUGAUUGAGACUACAAAUCCGAACCAUUUUUGGCCAUUAGGUGUGGUUCAGCAGUGAACAUCAUCGACCAUUAUCUUGCUGUACUGAUAUUGUGUCUGUUAAGUUGUUGCUUUAUGGUUCUCUUACUGAAGGUUGUUUAUAUGAACAUAAAAAAGAUUUAAUCGGUUUUGAAGCACAUCUUUAUGGUAGAUUGCUUUUCUAUAAAUAAAAGAGAAAAAAAUAAUUAA